UUCUUUUACUAGAUUUACAAAAUCCACAUAAAGAUAUGGCAUUUUAAGUAAUUUUACCCAAAAAGAGGUGAAUCUUAUUUUUCACUUCUCCUCUUGUAUAACCGUUCACAUUUACCCACUCUACAAUAAGUUUUUUUUUUUUUUUCUUUUUUAUUAUCACAAAUAAAAUUCUCCCCCGAUCUGCUCCGCCGUCCGUCUCCGGCACAGCGUCUGCAUUCUCGCCGUUCCCCGGAUUCCGUUCACCGUCUUUCUAAAGCAAUCCAAUUUCAUUUGGUAGCUGAUUUGCUUUGUUAGAUCCGUUACGUUACUUUGCUUUCUCUCUUUCCAUCCAUCUAACGAUCGAUCCAUUCAGCGCUAGUCAUUCAGGUUGGUGAGGAAUCUCUGCAGAAUUUGCUCUUUGAUCAGUGAUUCAUUGGCUACUAGAUCCGGAUCUACUGGAAAAAAGGAGGCCCCUUGAUCACCUGAAGAGGUUUUUGGGCAGAAUUGGCACAAUUAUUACCGCGAGGAUUGAGCUCCGCACCCGUGACCGGUGGUUUGAGAAUGGAAGUCGAGACAUUCAAAAAGAGGCAUUUAGCAGUUGAAAUGGCGUCAACAGGAUGGUUGAAGGGAAGAGUGAAAGCUGUUCCCUCUGGUGACAGUUUGGUAAUAAUGGGUAGCUCCAAGGCUGAAAUUCCGCCUGAAAAAUCUAUUACCUUAGCAUCUCUAAUGGCUCCACGAUUGGCACGUCGUGGUGGAGUAGAUGAGCCAUUUGCAUGGCAAAGCAGAGACUUCUUGAGGAAGCUUUGCAUUGGAAAGGAGGUCACUUUCAAGGUGGAAUACACUGUACCUUCCAUAGGGAGAGAAUAUGGCACUGUUUUUCUUGGUGACAAGAAUGUUUCUAUGCUAGUUGUUUCUGCAGGCUGGGCCAAGGUCAGGGAGCAGGGCCAACAGAAAGAUGCUAAUCCCUAUUUAAAACCGCUGCAAGAUGCUGAAGAACAAGCUAAACAACAAGGUUUAGGUCGUUGGAGUAGGACACUUGGUGCUUCGGAGGCCUCUAUUAGGAAUCUACCUCCAUCUGCGAUCGGUGAUGGUGGUAACUUUGAUGCAAUGGGCCUAUUGGAGCAAAGUAAAGGUAAGCUUAUAGAAGCAUUUGUUGAGCAGGUUCGUGAUGGAAGUACACUGCGAGUGUACUUGCUUCCAGACUUCCAGUUCAUCCAAGUGUUUGUUGCUGGAACACAGGCACCAACUAUGGGAAGAAGAGCAACACCAGAAUCUAUUAUCAAUACUAGUGUUACCUCUGAUGAACCAAAUGGAGAAUCAACUAUUGAACCUCGUGCAACUCAAACAUCAGCGCAGAGGUUGGCAUCCUCAGCAGCAUCUGUAACAGAAGUUGCUCCAGAUCCUUAUGGCAGAGAAGCAAAGCAUUUUACCGAAACUCGUGUCUUAAAUAGAGAUGUUCGGAUUGUUCUGGAGGGUGUUGACAAGUAUAGCAAUCUAAUUGGCUCAGUGUACUAUCCUGAUGGAGAAUCGGCAAAGGACCUGGGGUUGGAGCUUAUUGAAAAUGGUUAUGCUAAAUACGUUGAUUGGAGUGCAAACAUGCUUGAAGUUGAAGCCAAGAAGAAGCUGAAAAGUGCCGAGCUUGAGGCGAAAAAGACUCGCUUAAGAAUCUGGACAAACUAUGUAGCUCCCGCAACUAAUUCCAAGGCUAUUCAUGACCAAAAUUUCACCGGAAAGGUGGUUGAGGUUGUCAGCGGAGAUUGUCUUGUUAUAGCUGAUGAUUCUCUACCAUUUGGAGAUCCAUCAGCUGAACGAAGGGUCAAUCUUUCAAGUAUUAGGGCUCCUAAAAUGGGGAAUCCUCGUAAAGAUGAAAAGCCUGCUCCCUAUGCUCGUGAAGCCAAGGAAUUUUUGAGAAAUCGCCUCAUUGGAAAACAGGUGAAUGUUUCAAUGGAGUACUCUCGGAAGGUCAGCAUGGCAGAUGGACCUGCUGCUCCCACCAGUGGUGCAGAUUCAAGGGUGAUGGAUUUUGGAACUGUAUUCCUAGCAUCCAAGGAUGGGGAUGAUGCAACACCCACUCCAUCUGCUGCAGGCAACCAGUUGCCUGGAGUGAAUGUUGCUGAGCUUUUGGUUGCCCGCGGUUUUGCAACUGUUGUUAGACAUCGUGAUUUUGAAGAACGUUCAAACUAUUAUGAUGCUCUUCUCACAGCAGAAUCACGUGGUACUUCUGGGAAAAGGGGCAUUCAUUCUCCUAAAGAACCUCCAGUGAUGCAUGUAACAGACCUGCUAACGGCAUCGUCAAAGAAAGCUAGAGACUUUUUGCCCUUUUUACAGCGUAACAGAAGGAUGUGUGCUGUAGUAGAAUAUGUCCUCAGUGGUCAUAGAUUCAAAUUGUUCAUUCCCAAGGAGACUUGCAGCAUUGCUUUCUCUAUUUCUGGAGUGAGAUGUCCAGGUCGUGGUGAACCCUACUCUGAGGAAGCCAUUGCCUUGAUGAGGCGGAAGAUAAUGCAGAGGGAUGUCGAGAUCGAGGUAGAAACAGUUGAUAGAACAGGGACAUUCAUUGGAACAAUAUGGGAAUCAAGAUCCAAUGUGGCAGUGACCCUACUGGAAGCUGGUUUAGCAAGGCUUCAAACUUCUUUUGGAACUGAUAGAAUCGCAGAAGUUCACCUCCUCAUGCAAGCUGAACAGGCUGCCAAAAGGCAGAAAUUGAAGAUGUGGGAAAAUUAUGUUGAGGGAGAGGAAGUUCCCAGUGGUGGAGCAGCUGAAAGACACCAAAAGGAAGAGGUGAAGGUCACCGUCACCGAAAUAUUGGGUGGUGGUAAAUUUUACGUUCAGUUGGUUUCCGACCAGAAAGUGGCCGCCAUUCAGAAGCAACUUGCUUCUCUAAAUCUUCAGGAGGCUCCUGUCAUUGGUGCCUUUAAUCCAAAGAAGGGUGAUAUUGUUCUUGCUCAAUUCAGUGCUGAUAAUUCAUGGAACCGAGCUAUGAUUGUCAAUGCCCCUCGCGGUGCUGUGGAAUCUUCCAAAGACAAGUUUGAAGUUUUCUAUGUCGAUUAUGGAAACCAAGAAGUUGUUCCGUACAGUCAGUUGCGGCCUCUUGAUGCAUCUGUGUCCUCCAGUCCUGGUCUUGCUCAACUCUGUAGUCUUGCUCAUGUUAAAGUUCCUGGGCUAGAAGAUGAUUAUGGUCAGGAGGCAGCAUACCGGCUAAGUGAGCUUCUUCUGAGUGGGCCAAAGGAAUUCAGAGCUGUUAUCGAGGAAAAAGACACUUCAGGUGGCAAAGUUAAAGGUCAAGGAACCGGGACAAUCUUUUUGGUAACUUUGGUUGAUCCUGAAAGUGAUGUCAGUGUAAAUGCUACUUUGCUUCAGGAAGGCCUAGCUAGGAUGGACAAAAGGAAGAGAUGGGAGCCCAAGGACAAACAGCAGGCGCUGGAUGAAUUGGAGAAGUACCAGAAAGAAGCACGAGACAAGAGGCGUGCAAUGUGGGAGUAUGGAGAUGUCGAAUCAGAUGACGAGGAUUCUGCUAUCCCUGCUAGGAAAGCUGCUGGGAAACGAUGAAUGCUGCAACAGAGUUAAACUGGUGGCAAUUGCCAGUGCAGAUGCCUUUUACAGGCUGAAGUCCCAACAAUUAUACAAACAAGACAAUUGUUAAAAGGAAAUAGAGAGGUUAAAGUUUGAGUAGCUUUUAAGUGACAUGUAACUUUAGGAGAGAAAUUUUGUUCUCUUUCUGCUCUUUCUUUUUCCUUUUGAGUUUUUUAAGUUAUACGACUCUGAAUAAGCUGGUCUCCGUUGUCAUUCGUUCCAUUAGGGGUGAUAAGCUUUAUGUCAAAACUCAAAACUGUUGGGCUAUAUUUCUUCUGCCGGAUUCCUUUA